AUGAUUUUUGUCCAGAGAAAACUCACUCCUGCUGUAGACUCAGCCCAGGGCCCAAGACCUUCAGGACCCAAAGACCUCAGGAACCCCAGUGACCUCAGCCCCAAGACCUUCAGGGCCCAAGACCUCAGGAACCAGACCUCAGGGCCCAAUACCUCAGGGCCCAGACCUCAGGGCCCCAAGACCCUCAGAGCCCCAUACCUCGGGCCCCAGAGACCUCGGACCCAAGCCUCAGGGCCAAGACCUCAGGGCCCAAGACCUCAGGGCCCAAAGACCUCAGGGCCCAAGACCUCCGGGCCCAAGACCCUCAGGGCCCAAGACCAACAGGCACACAAGACCUCAGGGCCAAGGCCCUCAGAGCGACACAAGGGUUUGUCUGAUUCCCUGUUUAUGAAACCAUGA